AUGUCGAAGAAAGAUCGCAAAGCCGCAAGAAAAACUGCAAAGUUGGCUAGCAUGCCCAAGGUGGUCACAACGGCCGACAUCGAGUUUGUGGCGGAAGUGCUACACCCGCACGACUCUCACAAGGAUGAGGCGGAAGAAGAAAGGCGCUUGCUGGAAGAUCCAGAUAUCAAACUGAAUCUCUACUUCUUCAAAGGCACGACCAAUACCCGCGAAGCCCGUCGUCGUCAUCUCAAGCCGAAGGUCAAGGGCGAGCAGGAGUUCAUCAUCGAGGAGGAUGAGCUGGCUGCUUUGCUAUUCAGCUUGAGUGUCCCAGCAUCCGAUCAAGUCAAAACCACGCGCGCACGCCAACUGGUGGAGCAGAUUCGUUUAGCAGUCCGUGACGAUCUCGUCCACGUGGCUAAGGAGCACGAGCAGACUAUGAUGAGGAAAGCUGGCUUUUGGCGUUGGGCAAGUCGUAAAGCGUACGAUAGGCUCGUUCAUAAUGGCAGGCUAUGGGACGAUACUUCGGACUCGGGUGACGUUGCUUCAAGGAAGGACUCGGUCGCGAAUGCUAUGGAGGACUUGGGGAUGAAGGAGAACGACUCGAGCGGUCAGAAGGCUUCGCAAACACUUCAGAUCAGUGCGCCAAAGACACCGGCGUUCGCUGAACGGAAGAAAAGUGGCAAGGAUGCCCUGUUAGCGAGCCCUGCGAUUGACGAUGGCUGGACCCAGGUCGGCAGGACGACGACGAAGCGCAAGACUGAGACGCCUGCCACCUCCAUCAAGUUGUCCGGGAACCAGGGGCUGGCGAAGCUGCAGGUGAAGCCGAAAGGCAUGUUUGGUGCGUUCAGUCUGGCAGAUGAUGGUCUUGUGGAUUAG